UAAGUGACGAAAUUGGGUGAAAUUUUUUCUAAGGACGAACGAAAACUUAUAUUUAGCCGAGGAAUAACUACUCAAUUUUCUCGGGAACCAAACGAGAGGCAGGAAAAUCUACUCAAUUUUCCUUUUGGAGAACACGAUCGUUCUGUUUGGAUAAAGAAGUGAAGAAGAGAUGGGAGCGUCGUCGUCGACGGAGCAGAAGGUGUCGAGCGAGCAACGAGAGGUGGAAACCCUAGCAGCUUCCACUGGAGCUCUUCCUAUGCUUCAGAAUUCCUUCGCCAAGCUCGCCGAUCCUCUGUCAAAUUCAAUUCCCCUACAGCGUCUUCAGCAAUGCUUCUGUUUGGAUUAUAAGAAUAUAAUAUGGGAAGCAUCAACUACGGUUGAUCAAUUUCAAGUGUUACUGGGUCAUGUGGGUUUUUCUGUAACAGACGUCUUUUUUGUGCCAUCUAAAGAAGGAAUUAGCUGGACUGAUUUUCUUAGAGGUUAUGUUAAAUGCUGUGGGAGGAUGUCGUCGUCCCAGUCACUUAAUACACUGUUGAGAGUGUUUGCUUUGGCUAUGUCAAAAGCUGGACUUCCUUUGAAACUGGAGUUCGAAUCCGAUGAUGCUGACUGUAAGCUAAGUGGGUCCCUUCUGCCCAGUGAUAUGCUUAUGAUUUUCUGGAUUUGUUGGACUAUGUCAUGGAAUAUAAGGACUUCAAAGUUGUCAAAAGGAAAUGAAAGUUUGUGUCUUCCUGAUAUCAGUCAUUUAGUACUAUCGGCUGUGGUAUCAUGUUCGGAAGCUGGUGAUGGCUUGAACCUAUGGAACUGUGACAUCUUGACCUUGGAUGUUCACAUUCCUGUUGCAAAGUUUCUUACAUGGGCUGUGAUGACAGUGCCUUGCCUCACAGAUUGCUUAACACAGUUUGUCCAUGGGAGACUCCAAAACUCCAUCACUUCAGAGGAAGAGGCAGACCCUUCAAGUUUGUCCAUAGGAGAAGUCUGUUUUGUGAAGUCAAGUCAAAAUGGCCUUCUAACUCAUGGAAGGGCAUGGGCAAUUUCCCUCACAUUCAGAAAUACAGCAAGGGAAGAAAUCUUAAGGCAGUGUUUCCCUACUGAUGGUGAUGGAACAAGGGAAAAUCUUCUUUAUCGGUCAUCGCUUCAUGGGAGGGGCCUGAAUAGAUUCUGGUCUAAUAUCGAAGGUUAUCAUGGUCCACUGCUUACUUUAGUUUCUGCUACUUCUAAAGAUGCAAAUGAGGAUAAUUCCUGCUCAAAAAGCUGGAUUAUAGGUGCACUCACGCAACAGGGUUUUGAGAAUAAGGACAAUUUCUAUGGAAGCUCAGGAAAGCUAUAUGCUAUAAGUCCGGUUUUCCAUGCAAUUUCACCUUCUGGGAAGGAGAAGAACUUUGUUUACAGCCAUUUGCAUCCUACCAGUAGAGUUUAUGAGCCACAUCCAAAACCUGUGGGAAUUGCAUUUGGAGGAACCAUUGGGAAUGAGAGAAUAUUUAUUGAUGAAGAUUUUGCUAGGGUUACUGUUCGACAUCAUGCUGUUGACAAAACUUAUCAACAUGGGUCCCUCAUCCCUCACCAGGGUUAUCUUCAAGUCGAUGCUUCGAUACUUGAAGUGGAAGUUUGGGGAUUAGGUGGCAGCGUGGUGAAGGAAUUCCAAACUUCAUAUAAGAAUAGAGAACAACUUUUCACUGAGCAAAGGCGCAAGGUUGACUUGAAAACAUUUGCAAGUUGGGAGGAUUCACCGGAAAAGAUGAUGAUGGGCAUGAUCUCUGAUCCCAAUGCUGUUCAAAGGGAAGAUCGCUAAAUGAGAUUGCAUCAGUGAAUUUUGGUGUUUAUUUUUCCUGGUUUCUGGUUGGUUUGGCUGUUCUCCGCGGUGUUGUAAUUAUAUGGGUGAGAAAGGUUACUGGAUUAAACAAGUUUUCAUAUAACAUGAUAAAGAAUGCAGUUGGGAGAUGUAUGUGUCCUCGGUUUGGCAUAUCUAUAAAGCACAUAAAUUAUUUUGUUUUUUA